ACAAGAAAAACCAAAAAAAAUUAAAACUUGUGUAGUAGCUCGACGCAGUGGACUUGUAGACCUACAUACGCACCAGAUUUAGAAAAAUUCCAAACCGAAUGCGGGAGAGACAGGAAUAUAUGGACGCAUGCUAUCGCUUAGGAUGACGAGGCUUACACACGCUUACAGUCGGUUUAAUUUCCUAGAUGAGAGUCGCGUCGCGUCGGUGCGGCUGUAGACCUGGUGGUGGAAUAAAGCCAGCGUUUCGAGCAGGAGGCACGGCCACGGGUAACAACAACAAUACUGCAUUGUUCCGAUUUUACACAAUAACCUCGGCGCUGAUACAAUCUGGUCGUGUUGCGUUGGCUUUAAUCGAUUUAUAGCUAAGUUUGGUUUGCUAAACCCGAGCUGAAAGUGCUCCAGUGUUUCCUCCCACUGAUGUGUCGGUAGAAGCCUGUUAUGUCCAGUCCUACCUGGCUUCCCCCAAGAACUCUAAGUAGCCCAGAGAGAACAACAGCACAGAUGUCACACACUGGACCUGCUUUCUACAGACCACCCAAAAAAGGUCCACCUGACCAGAGAGCCAAAUAUGGUGUGUAUGACCAAAAUGGAGCAGCAAGUGGAAAUGGUGUGUCCUCAAGGUACAUAGCCGCUGGACCCUCAGGUGGAAUCAUGCAUCACCAGCACCAAGAAGGUUAUUCAGGGGCGUCAUCAUAUCUUUCUCCACAAGGAGAGCAUUAUUACCCCCCAGGUCAUGGACCCAAAGAUGACCAUCUUUUCUGGAACACUCACAUGACCAGCUAUGAUCACCAUAAAUGUGGGCCUGAUAAGCAUCUUUCUAGUAUUGAUGCAGAGAUAGAUUCUCUCACGUGCAUGCUGGCUGACAUGGACAGCCAUCCUCAGAACACAAGCACACAGCUGUAUGACAACGUGCCUUACAACAUGCAUCUCCACAGCGAGCGCUACAAAUCGUCCAACCAGGCAGGUGCUCCAUCCCAGACUAGACCCUCUAUGGGUUACCCUCCUCAUCCUCAGAGUCAGUACCAUCCUUCUCCACCUUAUGCAUCCACCCCAAAGCCUGAAUACACCUAUCCGUCCCCAUCAUCCUCCGCCCACAAACCUUACCCCCAACCAGUACCAGCCUCCUACACCACUGCCUCCACCCCAAGUGGGCCACGCUUUACAGUGCAAGUUAAAACCGCCCAGCCUGUCACUUAUUCUCAGAGCGGGAGACAGGCGGAGCAGGCCUACACCCCACCCCCUCCUCGUCAGCAUGCUACCUGCCCUGCUCCACAGGACCGCCCACAUUACUCUGAAGUCCCAGGACAGGGACAAGGAUGGUAUCCACCACCACCCCCACCAGCUCAGCAAGCCUAUGGUGAUCCAGCAGCAUAUAAGGCAGGUUCCGGUAGUGUUCAGGUGCCAAGCAGGGUACAGGGACCACCAGGAAAGAAAGGACAAGAGCAGAGCUACCAGGUUGGUAAGGGAUCAGCGCCAAGACCUGAGGAGGAGCUGGACCGUCUUACUAAGAAGUUGGUGUAUGACAUGAAUCACCCCCCCACAGAGGAAUACUUCGGCCGGUGUGCCAGGUGUGGAGACAACGUGCUCGGUGAUGGGAGCGGCUGUAUUGCUAUGGAGCAGGUGUUCCAUGUGGAGUGUUUCACGUGUAUCACCUGCCAUGCCCAACUCCGUGGCAAGCCUUUCUAUGCACUGGACAAAAAGAGCUACUGUGAGAGUUGUUACAUUAGCACGUUGGAGCGCUGCUCAAAGUGUUCGAAACCAAUCUUGGACCGGAUCUUGAGGGCAAUGGGGAAGGCGUAUCACCCGCGUUGCUUCAAUUGUGUAGUGUGUGGCUGCUGCCUUGAUGGUGUUCCCUUCACUGUGGAUGCCACUUCACAGAUUCACUGCAUUGAGGACUUCCACAGGAAGUUUGCCCCAAGGUGCUCUGUGUGUGGGGAGCCCAUAAUGCCUGAGCCAGGUCAGGAGGAGACCGUAAGAAUUGUGGCUCUGGAUCGCAGUUUCCAUGUCAACUGCUAUGUUUGUGAGGAGUGUGGGUUGCUUCUAUCGUCUGAAGGAGAGGGUCGAGGCUGCUACCCUCUGGACGGUCACAUUCUGUGCAAGAGCUGUAGUGCCCGGCGAAUCCAGGAUCUCUCUGCCAAAAUCUCCACUGACUGCUAACAACCACCCUGGCGUUCUCUUUUACAGCUUUUUGCGUUUGUUUAUUUUGAGGGAUAUUCAAAGGUAGUAGGGUUAAACUAUCAAUUAUUUGGUUUCCCCUUUUUAUUAGCAGACAACGAGGCAAUGAAACCAUUUCACAUACAUUAUAGCUGAACUGUAUAUACUCAGGGUUUAUAGUUGAGCAGAUAACAAUGAAGUGUUUUGCAUAGGCCACUUUAAGAGGGCAAGUAAAGUAUAAACUUGAAUUGAAUAAGAUGGUUAUCUUACUAAGUACUCAUUUUGAAUAUCCAGGGUGUGCAUGCUCACACAUGUAGUUGCUCAUACAAGUUGUUGAUUUCUAUGAACAGUUUAAAGGGCAUGAUCAGGGUUUAUUAUUCUUACACUUAUUCUUAUUAUAGUUUUAUAGCUAAGACAAACUGUCACUGAGAAUCUGUACUGUAGCCAACUAUAUAUUUGAUAUCCUCAAAAUGACCCAACAGAAAUCAUGACCGUAAUGAACUGAAUUUCACUAAAAAUGCUCUUAUUGUUAACAUGUUCUCAAGUUAAGACCUGUCUUGGUUGAUCCUGUGUUCUACAAACCACAGGGGUCACAUGACAGUUAAUUUAGCUUCUAUGUUGUAACACUCCUAAGACUAAAUUAACACCUUCUCUGCUGGUCUUUGGAGGAAAUUUUAGACAUAUCAAUGAACUAGAAUGAUUAACACCAACUUAUCUCUGCUAUUAAUGGAUGUCAACAUUCUGUUUAAUUCCUGAGAAGAUAAAUACAAGCUUUGUGUUUAGUCCAAGUCUAUGCCGUAUUGGCUCUUUGUCAGGAUACUUUUUGCUGAUCUUGGAUUAUUUUCUUUUGUACCCAACACUGUACCUUAUUCAUCUAAGAUUAGCAUGAUGGUACAGUGUUUAAAAAUAAUUAAAUGAAGGAACUGCAAUAAGAUUUUUUUUUGUUGUAAGAUUGAGUUGUUCUUCAUGAGAGGACAACCCCAGUGUACUGUGCAGAUUGAUGUGAAAUAUAAAAUAGUACAUUAGUAGUAAAGUAGCUUUAAAGUGAUUUAGAGGGGAUGCGUGAAAGAUUUGAAGGUGAUGUUUGCAGUGAGCUUAAUGAUGAGAUAUAAGACAUAAGAUUGGUGGUCUACAGCCCAGUGCCUACUGAAACUAAGGUUGCCACAUGCUGCCGUUAGGGCAGACAUUUAAAAAAAAAGAAAAGAAUAUUGUUAAUAGCUGUUGUUUAAAAGCAUUUAAAACAACAAAGAGCACCUUGAUUGUCAAAUAUCUAAUGUUGGAGUAAUCAAAUAUUAUUCAGGUACAUGAGCUUUAAGUAUUACAGUUUGUCCUUCUUGGUUGCGGGGCUGUUAUUUGUUCAACACGUAUUGCUGGUUGUUGGAAUGUCAUCCUUUUUGUUACUGAACCAUUUUUAGUAUAAAUUGCUCUUGUCAUUGGUUAAGCUUUUCAUUUUGUCUUUGUUUAAAUAAAUAGAUUUUGAUUUGAUUAGCUACCUUCUGUUUCUGUAAUUAUUCUGUUCAGAAUAAUUAAUGUUAAGUCCAAUAUCUAUUCACUCUCUAACAAAACCAAAAGCACAAAAUGUCAGUAUUUAUUGAGUUUUAGGCUGAAAAGUCUUUGAAUGGUUGUGAUAUUAUUGACCUAAAUUGAAAUUUUCUUUCUAAAGCUUACCUUUGUUUUCAAACAGUUCAAGAUAUUCAGUAUUUGCAGUAUUUCAUUAUAUUUCUGUUUUUGCUUAUUCUUUGUUGUACCUUCAAUUUUGUGCUUCUGCUUAUCCAGUAAUGUUCCUGUUUAAUGUGAACACUCUUAACCCUCUGCAUAUGUUUUAAUUUUUUUCUUGCCGCUCAGUAUACAGUAACUGUAACAGUGACAUCUAAAUGUUUAAUCCUAAAUGUUUUAUGGAUAUCCACUGAUACUAAUGAACAAAUGCUUUUUAUGCAGCAAAUGUG